CCAGAGCUAAAAGACCCACAUUUCGCAAUAGAUGGAACUCUGAUUCAUUACAAACUUUCUGCUUUAACAUACUCUAGAUCACAGAAAUCAAGAUAAUUCAAGAAAAGUCAAGGUAUUAUAAAUAUGGUCGCGAUGGAUUCGUAUAUGAUUCCAAUCUUACCCAUAACAGCAAUGAACAUGGCGCUGAUACAUCCUACAACAUGCAUUUUUGUGGACUGUCGUUCAUUCCUCGCCUAUAACGUGGCACAUAUUCGAGACUCUGUGAAUGUUCAUUGUCCGCCGAUACUUAGAAGACGUUUUCAAAGGGGCAGUGCGACACUAUCUACUCUACUCACAUGUCCACAGUCAAGAAUCACGUUAGAAAGAGCAGAAACUUUGAUUUAUUACGACGAUGGGACUUACGAUGAUCAAGACAUGACAGUCCAAAUAGUUGCCUCUCUACUUCAAAGAGAAAACAAAACUUGCAAGCAUUUUUUGCUCAAAGGUGGUUUUACGCGCUUCUCUUCUCUACAUCCAUCCAUGUGUGAAUUCAUGAAAACCUCACCAACAAGCCCUCUUGCUUUAAAACUGAGAAGCGCCGACGGCAAGAAAAUAUGUAGUCCUCGAUUUGACAAAGACUCUAAAACUGAAAAACAACCGCCAAAAGACGAUGGCAACCCAGUGGAUAUUCUACCUUAUUUGUAUUUGGGGAACGAAGUCCAUGCUUCAAGAAAAGACAUUUUACAACGGCUUGGAAUAACGGCGAUUAUCAACGUUUCAAGUAAUAUCCCAAACUUAUUCGAAGAUGACUUUAUCUACAAAAAUAUCCCCGUUGAAGAUACGUAUAAUGCAGAUAUUGAAUGUUGGUUCGAAGAUGCUGUCCAAUUCAUAGAUAAUGUACAGAAUUCAGGAGGUCACGUUCUAGUCCACUGCCAAGCGGGCAUUUCUCGUUCAGCGACCAUUUGCCUUGCGUAUUUGAUUUGCAGAUUACGAUUUCGACUCGACGAAGCCUAUGAAUUCGUCAAGAAAAGACGAUCCAUCAUCUCACCAAAUUUCAAUUUCAUGGGACAGUUACUCAACUGGGAAGCAUUAUCACAGUCUACAAGAAGAACAGAUGAGCCGAAGUCAAGUUCAUGCAGUAGUUAUGGUUUUUUUAAUUUCUCUUCCCUACCCUGUGGUACAGAAUUAGUUCCUAGUAGCUGUGGUUCCCCUGGUCUUGUCACUACACCAAUUUAGAAAUAUUACAGGUCAAUAUGGUACAACCUUUUCAUGUAAAAACCACAGAAAAUUUACCAUAAAUAUUUGGGGUAUUUUUUGCAAGAAAGGUACAGUGUUAGCUUUGUGUUUAUGUCACAAUUAGCGUGGUUUUCAUCGUACAGGGAAAUAAAUAGUUACUAACCUUAUAUACAUUCUAUAGAGUAAACCCUAAUCCCGUACAGAAGACAUUGCUUUCUUCUGUUAGAAUUAAAACUACUAGCUAUUAGUCACUGAAAACCACUCUAUAGGUGUCUUAACACAUCAAUGAAAAGAAAAUCGAGCCUCAAAAUAUAUAUACUAUAUAUAAUUUACCCAGUAAAAAUACGAAAGCUAACAAGAAUAUACUUUUCCUAAACAAUUUAUGGUGAAUUUGUCAGGGCUUAUGACCGAUAUCUUAGAUUAGGUUCUACUAGUGCUUGAAGGGCCCUUGUGUAUACGACUGCACMCCCUUAGAGGGCCACUCCCUGUUUCCGCUUAUUGACGUGUUUACUGUGAAGUUCAUAUUGAUGUGUUUUGAAAUCAUUUCUAAUCGUUUUCUAGAAUAUUAUUUGGCAACGAAUAAGACUACACUAUACCUUUUGUGCAAUCGAAGGGUGUAGUUUGUAUAUUAGUUAGAAGAUUUAAUAUCAAAUUUCCAAUGAAACAAUCAAAACGUAGAAUUUAACUCAAACUUAACUCAAACUMUACACGUUCAAAUCGUUCGCGCAAAUUGUUGAUAUAGGAGAUUGUUUAUAGGAGUCUCAUCUUGUGGUGCUUGAUCUAGACUACGAAUUCGCGUUGUAUUUGUAUUUGGCGCACAAAAUUGUGCGAAAAUAAGUCGAGGCAAAUGAUGCAUAGUGUAAAUCAAUCCUUACAUAAUCAAAGCUUUUAUAAAAUCCUUUUCAAAUUUGUACUAAAACCCUUGCAAAAUGACUCCGAGCAGCCUAUCUUAGCUCCACACAAAAGACUACGUUUUAUGGCAAAUUUAUGAAAACAUUUAAUAUCAUAGUUAACAAUUUUACAAAAAGAUAAUUGUACAUAUACAAAUAUUUAUGUAAAUAUAGGAAAACAUAUAAAAUUAAGUUUAUUUUAAAAAAAUUCUCUGAAAAUAAAACAUUUAUAAGGUUUUCAAAAAUGUGUUUUUGGUUUCGUUGUGUGUUUAUGAUCUUAAAAUAAAGAUGAUGUCACGGUCGAGGCCUACACCUGGUCGUCAGACACUAUAACGGUGACCCUGUUUGCUUUCAAAGACGCUAGAAUACUUGGGGGGUUGAUCACUUAUUAUAGUAUCCGGCGUGAGUUUAUAUAAAUAAAUAAACAUUUCCCGAGCAAACAUGGCAUGGUGUGGACGAGC